AUGGCCCAAGCCGAGAAGGGCAUGCUUAGGUGCCCCAGGUGCCGCCUUCUCCUCGUUCUUUUGCUUGCUCUGCUGGCUUCGCCCGUCCAGUCCGGGACUGCUCGGUUGGAGUUCGCCGAGCACAACCUCCAGUUGACGGAAGCAACCACGCCCCUCAGUCAGAAGGUCUCAGGAAGAAGUUUCGGGGACAGCAUCAUUUUCAGGAACCCCCUUCUGGACUUCAACACUAUGGAGAACGUCGGCCACACGGAAGGCGUGUGCAUUUACACCGUGGCGCGUGACGUCACCGGCGGCUACGAGCUUGAGUGCGAUUUCACUUGCGUCCUAGAUAAGGGCACCUUCACCGUCACGGGCCAAUGGACGGACGCGCCGUCGGCAAUGGCGGUCGUGGGCGGAACCGGAAUCUACUCGGGAGCCACCGGGGUCGUCCAGCAGAGCAGGCUCAAGCACGACAAAGCGACCGGGGCUGACCUGUUUGGGCUCAACAUUCGGAUAUACGCCCUUCCUGAGAUUCAGCUCAAACCCCUGGGACCCCAUGAUUCUGAAUCCGGUGUUAUCGUGUAA